CCACCUCCUCUCCUUUCCCCUCUCCGUUGGGACUAGGGAGGGGCGGUCACGUGGCGGAGGGGCGGGGCGUGACCGCCUCCAGGGUCACAUGACAGGGGCGCGGGCUGGAGCUGUUGCUGGUCGGGGUCCGUUGGAGGCGAAGUGACCAUGAGUUUUCUUGGAGGCUUUUUUGGUCCUAUUUGUGAGAUUGACAUUAUUCUUAAUGAUGCAGAAACACGAAAAACAGCAGAAAUUAAAACUGAAGAUGGCAAAAUAGAAAAACACUUCCUCUUCUAUGAUGGUGAAUCUGUUUCAGGAAAGGUGAACAUAGCCUUUAAACAACCUGGAAAGAGGUUAGAGCACCAAGGAAUUAGAAUUGAAUUUGUAGGACAAAUUGAACUCUUCAAUGAUAAGAGCAAUACUCAUGAAUUUGUAAACCUAGUGAAAGAACUAGCCUUACCAGGAGAACUGACACAAAGCAGAAGUUAUGACUUUGAGUUUAUGCAAGUUGAGAAGCCAUACGAAUCCUACAUUGGUGCCAAUGUCAGAUUGAGGUAUUUUCUUAAAGUGACAAUAGUAAGACGACUGUCAGAUUUGGUAAAAGAAUAUGAUCUUAUUGUUCACCAGCUUGCGACAUACCCAGAUGUUAACAACUCUAUUAAAAUGGAAGUAGGCAUUGAAGACUGCCUGCAUAUAGAAUUUGAAUAUAACAAGUCGAAGUAUCACUUAAAGGAUGUGAUUGUUGGAAAAAUUUAUUUCCUCUUAGUAAGAAUAAAAAUUCAGCACAUGGAGUUGCAGCUGAUCAAAAAGGAGAUCACUGGAAUUGGGCCCAGUACCACAACAGAGACGGAAACCAUUGCUAAGUAUGAAAUAAUGGAUGGUGCACCUGUCAAAGGUGAAUCAAUUCCUAUAAGACUUUUCUUAGCAGGCUAUGAUCCAACUCCUACAAUGAGGGAUGUGAACAAAAAAUUUUCAGUGAGAUAUUUUUUGAAUCUAGUGCUUGUGGAUGAAGAAGACAGACGGUACUUCAAACAACAGGAAAUAAUUCUUUGGAGAAAAGCUCCUGAGAAACUGAGGAAACCACGGACAAAUUUUCACCAGCGGUUUGAAUCUCCAGAACCACAAGCAUCUGCUGAGCAACCUGAAAUGUGAACUAGUAUAGGAGGUGAAAAAACUAUUGUGACACUUCAGCAGGUUAAAGAUGGCAGCAGCCUGUAGGAAAAGAGAAGACAAAAACUCACAUUACAACUGUCUUCCUUCGUCUUACAGUGUUGCAUUUACCAUAUUACUAAAACAUUCGUCAAGUAAACAUUCAAGUGUGUAUAUACAUUUAAAAUAAAGUGCUUUCUCAAACACUGGAACUUUCUUAAGCUACUAUUUUAUACUGCACAUUUUACUUUUAUUUGAUAAUGUUAUGCACUUGAUAUGCAUAAAACUUAAACAAAUCUAGUUAUAUAUUUCCAUGCAUGUAGGCUUGUAUAUUUAUUUUUUUGCUAAUCACCUAUGAUAUGUAGAUUAAAGCAUUUCUCCCCCUUCAUGUCAUUUAUCGCAUGCAUACCUCCAGUGCUGCUUAUCUGCACUGGUUUUGAAACCAACAGAUAAGUAUACUAUACACUAAAAAUCAGGGUUUAUGGUGGAUCUUUUUGUCUUAAGAAUAAUUAAGUCUCAUUCUAGACGUGUAAGCAUAUUUAACACUUUAUAAACCACAUACAUAUACAUACCACAAACUUGCUGUACCUGUUUGGAGUCUUCUAAGACCAUACCAUGGUUCUCAGAGGCUUUGAAUCUUGUAUUUUUCACAAGAAUAUUCACAAACAAAUUUGUUCCCAAGAUGAUCCUUUUAGAUGUGUGGUGGCUCUUUACAAUUCACUCUAACCAUAUUUGUUUUUACUUAAGUCUAAUGUUUUCUAGUAACUGUAGAAUUCGCACUUCUCCCACCCAUUGCUGUUUUACUUUAACUGAGAUGAUUCGCGGGGAUGGAAAUGUUUUAACAUAGCUGACUCUUUAAUGAUUAAACUGAGACCUAGUGUUUGUUCUUGAAAUCAACUUUUUACAUGCACAAUAUUUACUCAUCUCCUCUUGGAUUCACAAACCUACUCUCCUCUUUACAGCUUGCUCCCUUGCCAUCCUGGGGGAGGAGGAAAAAUGACAGCCUCUCAGAAGAACAUACUUAUUCUCGUCCAUCUAGGCCUAUAAUUGGGUGGGAGACAAACUUUUUUUUAAAAAAGAUAUUUUUUAAACUAGCUGAGUUUGAAAAGUGUUGAGAAAUUUGUCUAGGAAAACAGAAUACUUUUGUCUUACUCCUCUCUUGUGUGAGUUUAGAGUCUUUGAACAAAUUACUUAAACAAGUUAGCCUCCAUUUGUUCACAAUUAAUCAUGUAGUCUGUCAUCAGACAUAUGUGUGGAUUGGACACAAAAUGAACUGUGCUGUGUGGAAGGCUACUUGCGCUUGUAUUUCACUUGGACUAUAAACAAGACACUCUCUUUCUAAACUUCAGUGCAGGCGUCCUUGGUUUACCUUACUUUGAGUAAGCAAAAUAAUUGAAUUACACUUCUGUAAAAUGUUUUACUACUAUGGCACUUUGAUAAAGCAGACAAAGAUUCUAUGUACUAUAUACUGGGGUAUUUCUCUUAAAUGUGGAUAUCUGAGUGCAAAUUUAACUCCCUCAUGUAAGUGCCUGUUCAGAAUUUUUUUUAAAAAUAUGCCAAAUAUUUUCAUGAUCACUUGCAUGUUGUAAUCUGGAAACUAUUCCAAGAGACUUUGAAAACAGAUUGUAUUUAACCAGCCUCAGAUUGUGCAACCAUGUAUAAUAAACAAGAAACGCACUGAGCCUCUAUUUGAGUUAUUAAAAUAGCUGUAUUCUCACUAAAA